AAUGCGCCCUAUUGUCUGUAAUACUGAAUUAGCUUUCAUUAUUCCAAUAAAUGAGGAAAAAAAAGUUUCCAUGAGUAUCACAAUUAAUGGUUAUUUAGAACGUAAAAUGAAAACAAGUGAUGAAUAAGUUAAAAAUGCUCGCUCUAGAUAUUAGGAACUUUAUUAUCAGUAAGAAGCCAAUUUGGAAUAUUUGUAUGAUUAAUUAACAGAAAGAAUGGAAAAAUAUACUCUUCAAAAAUAAAAGCAAUUAGCAAGCAAAGCAAAAUAUGCAGGGGAUUACAAUUUUAGAUGGAAGUAAAGGCUUUAAGAACAAAAAUGGUUAGACAUUCAUAUGAGUAGGUUUGUCAGCUGAA